AUGGAGUUUGUGGGAAUCACGGUUCUCUUCCUUGAUGAAAAGAUUCUGUGCUCAAGCAUGUACAAGAUAACUGAUCAUCCAUUCCUCAUUCGUUUCAUCUCACUAACCAUUAUUGAUGAAAUCAUCAUAGAUGCUCCUGAGAUCAAUCUCCAGUCAAGAUUAGACUGUUCCACAAUCUCCAAGUCUAAUGAUGAUCAGAUCCGGCCUCGCCAGCGUCGUAGCCGGGGUGGUAUGGGGAGCCAGUCUCGGGGUUCUUCCAGCCAUGUUCAGGAUUCCGUUUCGCCCCACAGCUCAUACCAUACAUCUCCCUCUCCAUUACUCGCUCCUGCUGCUCCCGCUCCCGCUGCUGCACCCGCUCCUGGUCCCGCUGCUGCACCCGGUCCUCUGGGAGUGAUGAGGGUUGCGGAGUUGGUUCGACAGCCCGGUCGUGACCAUCUUCCCUAUCUCACUGAGUAUCCACAUGGACAUGGUCAAACAUGGUUCAACCGAUCCGGGAAUGGGAUCAGCGCAUGGAUCAACCGUAUGAUGUACUCGGCCCUCGACAGCGGACAUCCGACUUUCACUCACUUCCCUACAUGGAAGCAGUGCCGGUCUUGA